AUGGCAGAUUCAGGAAACAAACAAGCUCCUUCAUAUCAACAAUAUGAUGAGCAACAAUAUUACAAUAAUCCAGCUGCCGGAGCUAACCCAGCAGAGGGGACAGCAGCAACAUCAGGCGCUACUGAUGUCAACGCAGCGACUUCUGCAGGCUAUAAUUACGAUUACCAAAAUUACUACAACUACUAUGGGCAAGGCUACAAUUAUGACCAACAACAACAGCAGCAGCAACCGUCUUCUUCAUCGGCCUACGAUCGAACUUACGAUAGACAAGAUCGGGGAGGUUAUGACAGGCAAGAUCGCGGUGGGUACGAUAGACAAGAUCGUAGUAGCAGUGGUUAUGAUAGCAGAGGUCCUUCAAGAUAUGGCGGAGGUGGUGGCAGCGGUAGUCGAGGACCAAGAAUUAAUGAAAAUGGUAUGCAUACUAUGGAUGAUACCAUCUAUAUCACUAAUCUUCCACAAGACGUCACCGAAGAGAAACUAGCAGAACAUUUUGGUACGAUUGGUAUUAUUAAGACAGACAAAAAGUUGAGAAAACCCAAGAUUUGGAUUUAUUAUGACAAAGCGACUAGUCUUCCCAAGGGUGAUGCUACAUUGACAUACGAUGACCCACCUACAGCUGAUGCCGCUAUUGAAUGGUUUGGCGGAAAAGAGUUUAUGGGCAAUAUUAUUCAAGUCUCUAAAGCUGAAAGAAAGAUGAAUACUUCAUUUAACGAUCGUCGCGGUGGUAGAGGCGGUGGCCGUGGUGGUGGAAGAGGCGGAUAUCGCGAUUACCCCAGUCGCAACGACAGCGAUAGAUAUAGCGGUGGUAGAGGAGACAACAACGAAAGAGACUUUAACAAUGACAGCUCUUCCAUUGGAGGACGAGGGGGUGGAAGCCGAUACGGUGGUGAUAGAGGUGGUGGUAAUGGUGGUGGUCGAGAGGGCGAUUGGAUUUGUUCUAGCUGUGGGGUAAAUAAUUUCUCAAGAAGGGAAGAAUGCUUCAAAUGUCGCACCAAGAAAGGACCAUCUUCAUCCGCAUCAUCUUCUGGUGGACCCACGAGAGAAAGAGGCGGUUACCGCGACGGCGCUGGUGGCGGUGGUCGAUAUAAUGACGAUCGUAGAGGAGGUGGAAGAACUCACUCCAGCAAUUAUGGAAGAGACGCGAACAGAUAUGACAGACGAGAGCGACCUUAUUAA